AUGGGUGAGGCUGGCUCGCCGCCCCAUCCCCGCUGUCUUCAGCAGCCUGGGUGGGGCUUCGUGGCGGCUGGUGGUGUGUGUGUGUGGGGGGGGGUUACUGCUGCUGUCAGCCUGAAGGCAUGCCCAUGGCUGCUCUCACUGACCCUUUACAGGAUUGAUGACCAGGAGGUGGCGGCAGAAUUGCAGAGCUUGGAGCAGCGUCUCUUGCGAGCCCAAGGGGACCUAGAGGGCCUGGACUUGGAGGCCCAGAUGGGGCCCUUCUUGCAGAUGGCAGAGGUGGAACUGAGGGCAGUGAAAGCUGCUUGGCAGGGCCUCUGUCAGACAGCAGCCACGCUCUCUGACUUCCUCUGCGAAGACCUGGAGACCUUUAGCUUGCCUGAGUGCUGCGGCAUCUUCCAUGCCUUCAGGGAGCGUUUCCUCGCUGCCGUUGAGGAGAACCGGGCCCGGGAGGCGGCCAUGCGUCGGAAGCAGCAGCGACGGCAGCAGGAGCAGGCGAAGCAGAAGCGGCACUCCAUCGCCACCUGCUCCUUCCGGGACCCCGGGCUGCAGGAUGUUGAGCUGGACCUCCUCUCCCACUGGGCUUCCACCUCUGGGCGCCGCAGCCGGCCCCCACGGGGUCCCCGCCCCUCUGCAGGCAGCCCCCAAGAGCGGGAGAGACCCUUGCAUCUCAGCCACAUGCCACGCUGGCCCCUUGCCCUGAGCUCCCUGGGCCCCCUCCCCCCCGGUGGCUUCCGCCUGCCUGCCCUCUUCCAUGCCAAAAGGCCGGUGGGGCCGGCGUCCCCCACCUCCAAAGAGGCCUGUGGUCUGGUGGGGUUCUUGUGCUGCCUGAGUGUUGGGGAGAGGCCACGGAGCCCCUCCCCAUCCUAA